GUCAUCUGAGGGUGUCAUUGAAGACUUGAGGAUGGCGGCGUGUGUCGACAUCGCUCGCGGCAUCGACAGCUGGCAGCACGUCAAUGAGUGAGACCAGUAAGCGAUGAGACGUGAGCAUGUAAGAAUGUUCUUGCUGUAGGUAUGUACAUGAAACCCUCCGCCUCCAUCUCCACCUCCACCUCCACCUCCACCUCCCCAUCAAGAACCAUCAAGAACCACUUCCCAUCAGUCUUCGAAGCGGCGACGUCGGUGCUUGGUAUGCCGAUCCAAAAGAAUGAAGAACGCAGCGAGAUGCUUGAUGUCGCUCAUCGCCGGAGCCGGAGUUUGAUGAUUUGAUUGUCCUCAUCGGUCUCGGGACUCGACGCUCCACCUCUUGCAGUGAGCCGGUGGCAGGCAGGUGAGAGAUGCGAGAGUUGUGGACGUCCAUCAAGGCAGAUUCAUGCUAGGUGUAUGCCGGGACCUCAGGGCAGGCUACUGCAUCGUAGCGAUGUCCCACCAUGGUGGGCCACGAUGAAAGCUGGCGAGGGUGAAAGUCG